GCCAUGUCAUCAGAAUCAAGCAAAAAACGGAAGCCCAAAGUGAUCCGAAGUGAGGGAGUCCCAGCUGAGGGGAAACGGAAUCGAGGUGACACAGAACAGGAAGGCAAAUACUACAGUGAGGAAGCGGAGGUGGACCUGCGGGACCCUGGCAGAGACUAUGAGCUGUACAAGUACACGUGCCAGGAGCUGCAGAGGCUCAUGGCAGAGAUCCAGGACCUAAAGAGCAGAGGCGGCAAGGACAUGGCAGUUGAGAUUGAAGAGCGGCGGAUCCAGAGCUGUGUGCAUUUCAUGACUCUCAAGAAGCUUAACCGACUAGCUCACAUCAGGUUGAAGAAAGGAAGAGAUCAGACCCACGAGGCUAAGCAGAAAGUGGAUGCCUAUCAUCUGCAGCUACAGAACCUGUUGUACGAGGUGAUGCACCUUCAGAAGGAAAUCACCAAAUGCCUGGAGUUUAAGUCAAAGCAUGAAGAAAUUGAUCUGGUCAGUUUAGAGGAGUUUUAUCAGGAGGCUCCUGCAGAUAUCAGCAAGGCUGAGGUCACCAUGGGAGACUCUCACCAGCAAACCCUUGCACGGCUGGACUGGGAGUUGGAGCAGCGGAAAAGACUGGCAGAGAAGUACAGAGAGAGUCUGUCCAACAAAGAGAAGAUUCUCAAGGAGAUCGAGGUGAAAAAGGAAUACCUGAGCAGCCUUCAGCCUCGCCUCAACAGCAUCAUGCAGGCAUCCCUCCCAGUGCAGGAGUACCUGUUCAUGCCAUUCGACCAGGCCCACAAGCAAUAUGAAACAGCUAGACAUCUGCCACCCCCUCUCUACGUCCUCUUUGUCCAGGCCACUGCAUAUGGGCAGGCCUGUGAUAAGACAUUGUCUGUGGCCAUCGAAGGUAGUGUGGAUGAAGCCAAGGCCCUGUUCAAACCUCCCGAGGACUCCCAAGAUGAUGAGAGUGACUCAGAUGCUGAGGAAGAACAGACCACGAAACGCCGCCGACCCACACUCGGAGUUCAGCUGGAUGACAAGCGCAAGGAGAUGCUGAAGAGGCACCCGCUGUCCGUCAUGCUCGACCUGAAGUGCAAAGACGAGAGUGUGCUUCACCUGACCUUUUACUAUCUCAUGAACCUCAACAUCAUGACAGUGAAAGCCAAAGUGACAACCGCCAUGGAACUCAUCACCCCCAUCAGUGCAGGUGACUUGCUGUCUCCCGACUCAGUAAUGAGCUGCUUAUAUCCUGGGGACCAUGGAAAGAAAACACCGAAUCCUGCCAAUCAAUACCAGUUUGAUAAAGUUGGCAUCUUGACUUUGAGAGACUACGUACUUGACCUAGGUCACCCCUAUCUAUGGGUUCAGAAGCUGGGUGGCCUCCAUUUCCCCAAAGAGCAGCCUCAGCACACAGUGAUCGCAGACCAUUCGCUAAGCGCCAGCCACAUGGAGACCACCAUGAAAUUGCUGAAGACCAGGGUGCAGUCCCGCCUGGCCCUCCAUAAGCAGUUUGCAUCCCUGGAACAUGGCAUUGUGCCAGUUACCAGUGAUUGCCAAUACCUCUGCCCUGCAAAGGUGGUCUCUCGCCUGGUCAAGUGGGUGACAAUGGCCCAUGAAGAUUACAUGGAACUGCAUUUCACCAAAGACAUUGUGGAGGCGGGCCUUGCUGAGGACACCAAUCUCUACUACAUGGCCCUCAUUGAGAGGGGCACAGCCAAGCUCCAGGCUGCUGUGGUGCUGAACCCUGGCUACUCCUCCAUCCCACCGGUUUUCCAGCUCUGUCUGAACUGGAAGGGGGAGAAGACCAACAACAACGAUGACAACAUUCGUGCCAUGGAGAGUGAAGUCAAUGUGUGCUACAAGGAGCUGUGUGGUGCCCGGCCUGGCCACCAGCUCUUGACCAACCAGCUGCAGCGCCUGUGCGUGCUGCUCGACGUCUACCUGGAGACUGAGAGCCAUGACGACAGUGUUGAGGGACCAAAGGAGUUUCCCCAGGAGAAGAUGUGUCUGCGGCUUUUCAGGGGUCCCAGUAGAGUGAAGCCGUUUAAAUAUAACCAUCCUCAAGGAUUCUUCAGCCAUCGCUGACUGCUGCUUGAUAGGUCAUGGUUCCCUCAAGGCUUCACCCUGA